UACAAAAUGUAACGGACGUGCGAGCGGGCUCCCCAAAAAGUUUCAGAAUUCCCAAGUUAACUCAAAAACUAUUUGUAUAUACUAGCUGUUAAAACCAACUGGGAAAUUUCAAAAGAAAAGUUCUUGUAAAUAGAGUGUCAAACUAAUUUUAAAAUUAUUUUCCCAUCUGUGUUUUCGAUUUUCGUGUUGAGUUUUUAGCUGCCACGGAGAGGGGGCUAAAUGUUUGGACCCGGAAAAACGUUCAGUUCGGUUCAGUUCCGUUCGGUUUUGGCGAAGGAGUGAAAAGAAUAAAACUGGAAAACAGCAAAGGAGAACGGAGAAGUUCCGCUUGGGAACUUUAAGUCUUUGGUUUUUACUUCUUCUGAUAAUUUUCUUGAGUUUUUUUCCGCUUCGUUGAUCACUCGGGAAGGAUCGCGCGACCAUUGAAGCAACUAAAAUCUAUUUGGAAACUUUCGCUUAAGCAAGAAGCAAAAUUCGUGUACACAAAAGCUAAGCCUUUGCCCUGUCUGUGAUGCGGAGUGGAAUCCACACUCUGACAGUCUGAGAAGAUCCAACAGUGGCGCGCAGCUUACUAUCUGUGGCAUGCACCAUUCAAAGGGAAUCGCAAAUUGAAGGCAGCAUCGCGAAUUGAAGAAGACGCCAGGCAAACUUUUGGGGGAGAGGCCAUUUUCCGGUAUUUUGAUUUCGUUUUGGCCGACCCUGCUGCUGUACUGCCGCCCCUUCGAUUUGUGUUCCAUCGGCGGCAACGUUUCGGUUCGCCAUUUAUGAAAUGCCCCAAUAAAACACUCGAAAGUUCAAUACGAGGAAUUCGCUUCGAAACAAAUUAAAAGUGCGCACCGGAAAGUAAUUAAAAUCGUUCAAAAUGGCAAUGGAAUGGAUAACCGCGAUGGACAAACGUCCUUGCGAUCGAAACUUGCGUGAUGUGGAGCUAAUCUCGUGCCGCUUGCGUCGCGUGGAGCCGCUGUGUCGCCUGCCCGGCUCGGCACUCCAGCAGUUGGCCAUGUGCGGGUUCUACGAGGACCUGGAGAAGGGCGUCACACUUUUUCGUGCUGGCGAACAAGGACGCUUCUGGUAUGCGGUGCUGGGCGGCUCCCUGGAGGUUCGAUACCAUGCACACUCCGAUGCCGACGGCAAGAGCUCCGUAACAUUGUGCAACCUGGGUGUGGGCGCCACGUUUGGGGAGACCAUACUGCACGACUUGCCACGCGAUAGCACCGUGGUAACGAAGACAACCUGCGAGCUGCUGCGCGUCGAGCAGCAGGAUUUUCGACUCAUUUGGGAGAAGAACAAAGAGUUGAUGAAUGACAUUUUCACCAAUUGCAAAUUAAAGAACGGUUUUGGUCCUAGCGUACAGCAGACGGCAGCCGCCACAUCGCCCACCAAGCGCCCACUCAGCCCGGACCAUCCCAACCCAGCAUUGCCCAUCACCGAGACACCGAGUCCUGCUAUGAGCCGCAUGGGCUGGGCUCUACGCACAUUACUCGUGGCCGACAACUCAAGCUGUCUGAAGGAUCGUAAGGUUUCGGGAAAGUUAAUACGGAAGUGCGCACCCGGCACUGAGCUUGUCGAUUGGCUGGUCAACCUCGCACCAAUUGUGCACACCCGCGCCCAGGCGGCUGGCAUGUGGCAGGCCCUGGUCGAGGAAGGCGUACUCACACAUGUCAACAAAGAGCAGCCAUUCAAGGAUAAGUGCUUUCUGUAUCGAUUCCGGCUGGACGAGGAAGGCGGUGCACCUGCGGUCGGCAUACCCCAGGCAGAGGAUCAACACGCGGCCAACGAGCACAUACGCGAGGCAUUGAGUGCCCUCUUUCAACGUGGGCCGGACGCCACUCUGCGUAUGAUAUUGCGCAAGCCCUCCCACGAACGGACAUCGGAGGAACUGGAGCUGGUAUUCGAGGAGCUCGUCCACAUUGCCGCUCUCUCCCAUCUGUCCACCAGCAUCAAGCGGGAGCUCUCAUCGAUAUUCGUGUUCGAGGCUCAUGCCCAGGCGGGCACAAUAUUAUUCAAUCAAGGCGACGAAGGACGCUCCUGGUAUAUCCUUCUUAAAGGGUCCGUCGAUGUUGUGAUUCACGGCAAGGGAACUGUGGCUACCCUGAAGACGGGCGAUGAUUUUGGUAAACUGGCUUUAAUAAACGACGCACCCAGAGCUGCUACCAUUGUGCUCAAGGAGAACAAUUGCCAUUUGCUGCGCGUCGACAAGGAGCACUUCAACCGGAUACUGCGCGAUGUGGAGGCCAAUACAUUGAGAUUGCAGGAGCACGGCAAGGAUGUUUUAGUGCUGGAGCGUGUGGCCAAGCAACGUGGACAGCAUUCGGCAUUCAAAUAUACGGUCAUGUCGGGCACACCGGCCAAGAUGCUGGAGCACCUACUGGAGACCCGGCUGGGUCAGUCCGUUGGCGGCAUGGAUCCCUUCCUGGAUGACUUUCUGCUCACCCACAUUGUAUUCAUGCCCGUGGUGCAGCUGGUUGAUGAACUGGCCAAUUACUUUCAUUGCGAUACCCAUGAGGACGCCCAGACACCCGAGGAUCGUGAGUAUAUAGUCAACUUUAAGAAGCGCGUCAUCCAGUUCAUGCAGAAGUGGGUGAUGGCCGUGCGACACGCGGCCUUCGAGGAGCCCAGUGUGUGUGAUUUCAUCGAGGAUCUGGCCGCCGAGGUGGAGGCCGAUCCCGAUCUCAAUGAGGAGACCAGCAUCGUGCACAACGUGCUCACCCAGAUGGCUCGCUACCAGGAGGAUCGCAAUCAGAAUGCCGGACAGAAGUGGAAAUUGCCGCCGAAUGGCCAACCCAUUUGCCUGUUCAGUGGCAAUGCAACGCCCUCAAAGACGGUAAUACGGCCGGACGAUGACAUCAUAUUCCGUGUCUACUGCGCCGACCACACUUACUGCACCCUGCGCUUCCCCAUGCACACCACAGCGGAGCUCAUCAAGGCCUGUGCCGCCGACAAGCUGCAGCUGAAUCGUGGACCAGAGGACCUGUGCCUAGUCGAAGUCAAGUCGAACGGGGAGCGGUCCGUGUUCAAGGAUAACGAUGUCAGUAUACCGACUGGCCUCUCGCUCAACGGACGUCUGUUUGUUUCCGUUAAGGAUCAUCUGGAUGCCUUGACACAGCUGCAGGAGCAGGAGUGCCCCACAGAGGGUGUGGACAUCGAUUUGGAAAUACUGAGCACCAAGGAGCUCGCAUACCACAUCACCCUCUUCGAGUGGGAUCUGUUCUAUGCCGUGCAUGAAUAUGAAUUGCUCUAUCACACCUUUGGACGCCAUCACUUCGGCAAGAUCACGGCCAACUUGGAUGUCUUUCUGCGUCGCUUCAACGAGGUUCAGUACUGGAUUGUCACCGAGCUCGUGUCCACGCCCAGCCUGAGCAAGCGCGUGGGUCUGGUCCGCAAGUUCAUUAAGCUGGCCGCCUAUUGCAAGGAAUACCAAAAUCUGAACGCCUUCUUUGCUGUGGUGAUGGGCCUUUCCAACAUGGCCGUGUCGCGGCUGCAGCAAACCUGGGAGAAGAUACCGUCAAAGUUCAGGAAGAUCUUUCAGGAGUUCGAGGCCCUCAUCGAUCCCAGUCGCAAUCACCGGGCGUAUCGCGUGUUUGUGGGCAAGCUGCAGCCGCCCCUGAUACCGUUCAUGCCGCUGCUGCUGAAGGACAUGACCUUCGCCCACGAGGGAAACAAGACCAGCCUGGACGGUCUGGUGAACUUUGAGAAGAUGCACAUGAUGGCCCAAACGAUGCGCACCAUACGCUUCUGUCGCUCCCGGAGUCUGGGACUGGAGCCGCCGUCACCCAAGAGCGAGGGCGAGGUACGCUCGUACAUUAGCAGCUUUCGGGUCAUCGACAACCAGCGAGUGCUGACGGCCAUGUCCCAGAAGGUGGAGCCCACCAGGAAGCUCUAAGCCAAUAGAAUAGCAUAUAGCCCCGUAGCAGAUCCUCGUAUUAGCCAAGUAGAGUGUCUAAGUGUCUAACCAACAAUAUGCGUGUGUGUUAAGUGUUAAUCAAUCUGCAAUUAGCUGCACAGAUACGAGCUUAGCUGUAGCUGCCCCAGCCCCAGCAAAACUUUUACUUGCAUUCGCAUUCGAAUUAGCCUAGGCUAAGUAGAGUAUUUAUGACCCAAUCAUGGACUAUCUUAACAUUCAAAUGAACUGAAACCCAACCCCCACAAUGCAAAACUUUUUGCUUUAGUACAAAACGAAACGAAUUGAAACACAGAAAAUUUGACAUACGGAGGGAAUGGAAACCAAUCCAGAAUCCCAGCGAAGGACGUGUGAAGAACACACAUACUACAUAUACAUACACACAUACAUACAAACAUAAGUGAAUACAAAACAAACAAUGGACGCGUGUGAUACUAAACAUUUAGAGGAGACGACAUCAAAAACCAAACGGCACUAAAACUGCAUAAUUUCCUACCAACUUUUCUACUACUAUAUCUAUAUCUAUAUCCACAUAUGUAUAUCCUACGCAAAGUAUUUUGUAUAAACAUACAUACGAAUGAAGAGUGGCAGCGCCCGGACCAGAGCAUGGAAUCUAUUUUUUUAAAACCCCUAAACUAAAACUUUUUAAACAGUCUAGUUGAAGCUAGUUAUUAACAUUUAAGCUACUUAGUGUAUAAGUUAUUUAAUUUGUAUUUUCGAACUUUCGUUUUCAUUCAGUUAUUCUCCAUACUAUACCAUACGCCUUAUUAAGCGUAAAGUGAAUCGCAAAAUAAAAUACCAACACAUUUAUUAAUAUUUAUUUACACAACACAACAUUUAAUUGU